CUUCCUUUUAAAGCUAGCGUGCACAUGCGACAGAAGAAGGCAACGGUGGCAGUCAAACGACAAGUUACAUGACAGCAAAAUCAUCCGGAUUACGCCAGAAAUCUUCAUGAGGAUGUAUUUAUGGGCAGCGUGACAGCUUCCUUUUUUAGCCCCGUUGGUCUGUUGAGCUCUGGGGCAACAGUUGCAUGGUACAGAAAGGAAAGAGUUCUCGAGAGAAAAGAUUGCAACAUGACGAGAGAUGUGCCAAUAGUGUGAAUGAGAAAAGACGCAUGACAGCCCAACACAUGGCAGUUCACAGGUCAUUGAACGGCACCACAGCCAUCCCAUGGGGGCGCAGCAGGAGGAGGCUGUCCCUGCUGGAGCAGCUCAGGGGGUGUCAGGACGCCUGGUGCCCCGGGGCCCCCUGGGAUAGAGAGGGGGCCCACCAUGCGCUCUGUGGAACACCUGCUGGGAGUUUCCUGGUUGUGCGGGACUCUGCGGCGUCUCAGGCCAGCCUGCUGUGUGUGUCUGCGGGCGGAGAGGAUGAAGUAGUUAUUGAUUAUAGCAUCGAAAGCAAAGGAGCAGUGUUUCAGCUGUCUGAGUCUCGUCUCUGUUUCGCUGACCUCGCUCAGCUCGUGCUCUUCUACUCUCUGACCAGGGAUGUGCUGCUUGUUUGUCUUUCCAUUCCUCGUUGGAUCUACAGCGUUUCUGACAAGAACAAAGAUCUUCUCUCUGAGCUUCAACCAGAAACUUGGCUUCACACACCAGUUGAGCAACACACUGAUGAAAUGUCCGACAGGGAGCCAGGCAAAAUGAUGUGCUCCAUACAGCUGACCUCCACAAACGGGGCCCUGUGCAUCAUCAACCCUCUCUACCUUUGCGAACAUGGAGAUGAUUGGCUCACGCAGCCGCCACAUUACAAACAAGUGCGACGCCUCAGCACCACCAGGACCUGGGCGGGGGCGGGGCUACGAAGUAAAAGAACAAUUUCGUUGGACCAGGAGUCCUCUGCCGCCUAUAUGGAGAGUUCUGGUCCAAUCAGAGCCAAGUCAGCGGAUUUGCCAGAUUGCCCACUAACCCCAUCAACACCAGCAGCUCCGGCAGGUGUUGUUCUCAGAAGGUCCAGCAGAGAUUCUGGCUGCAGCCUUCCUCACAGAGCGAGCACAGAGAGUCUCCCUUUUUCCACUCCCUCCACCCCAGGGGGUUCAAACCGCACAUCAUUUGAGUUGCAGCCCCAUGGCAGCCCCGUGCCUCAGUCUCCUCACAGGGUGUCAUGGAUCGAAGAUGGCGUCUGGCUGCCUCCACCCAGACCUUCCUCUUUGCUCCACCCACCGUCGCUGGAGCUCGACUCUCUGUCCAUCAGCAGCAUGGAGGAAGAGCAGGACUGCCAAACGCCCAGCCCCAUCCCACAUCACCAGUCGGCGCACUGGUUGGCUGACAAGGUCAUAAAUCGUCUCUCAGCGGUGGGUCAGGCUCUCGGUGGGCUGGUGAGUCAGAAGAAAAGACUGACCAAUCGUGUGCAAGAGCUGAGCGAGCGGAAAGGCGCUGCGUUUUCAGAAGCUGUGAAAGGAUUUGUGGAGACAACACUGAAGAGAGGGGUUUGUCCCACCGGGGUGAUGGGGUCAGAGUUCUUACAGGAAGUGAGGUCAUCUCUGACAUCACUGAGGGAGACACUGUUAGAUUACACAGAAAUCCAGGCAUUGUUGGACAGCAUGACUGACUUCAAUGACUCAGAGAUAGACUCCCUGGUGGAGCUCUCUAUCCACAAGGUGGCCCUGAAGCCCGUCUCUGCACACCUCUACUCCUGCAUUCUCGCUUCUCGGACUGAUGACCUCACUUUUGAGCGUCUCCAGAACAACUUGCGUGUGCUGGAAAAGAAAGAGAUGGAGGAGCUUGGGGGAUCGUCAGGGGUCGGAGUGCCCGACUCCCUCAGCCUGGAGCGGAUCCAGCAGAGGUGGACGAGCAUGCAUGAGGUCUACUCCCCGAACAAGAAGGUCCAGAUCCUGCUCAAAGUCUGCAAAAGCAUCUAUCACAGCAUGAGUGCUAAUUCUAACUCAGGUUCAGUGUUUGGAGCAGAUGAUUUCCUCCCCUGCCUGACGUGGGUGCUGCUCCGUAGCAACCUGGUCACCUUACAGAUAGACACAGAUUACAUGAUGGAGCUGCUGGACCCCACACAGCUGCAGGGAGAGGGUGGCUACUACCUCACAACCCUGUAUGCGUCUCUGUACUACAUCAGCAGCUUCCAGCCACGAUUGGCUGCCCGUCAGCUCAGCGUGGAAGCCCAGCACUCCCUGAAUCAAUGGCAUCGCAGGCGCACCCUGCACUGCAACCAAUCACGCCGCAGCAAGAACCGACGGACUAUUCGUAGAAUGCCGUGCCGGGGGAAAGGUGCCCAAAACUCACAGACAGAAACCAGGAAUGAAGAGGAAAGUGUGAAAAGAGAUGCUUCUGUCGAUAAAGGCGAGUCACAGCAGCAGACGGAAAGCUCCACAGAGGCUCUGCUCACCGUGAAAGAAGAUGAGAACAGAGGCAGAGGAACCGAGGAAGAGUCCCAGGUGUCCCCUCCAGCAUCAGACUUUAAUCAGCAGGAUGUAAAAAGCAGCGAACAGGAGGGGACUCUGUGUUCAGCAGACGAAGGAGAAGAUCACAAAGGAUUGUAAAGAAGAGGAACAGACCUGAGGUGCACAGAAUGACCAUCUGACACACAUUUUUAUGAGAAGCUUAAAUGACCUCAACGAUUUCUUAGUGGAUCAGACACACCUGAGGCCUGCAGCUAAAAUCAUCAAAGUUUUUAACCUGUUUGGACUCCACUUCAGUAGAGGCCAAAGAAUGAUUUGUUUCAUUAACACUCUGGGAAGUAAGCAAAAGCUGAAAUCUGGAUUUUAAUAGUGAGAGAUUGUUGCUCAUAAUGCUGCAGCUGAAAUAAGUUAUUGCAAACAAUAGACGGUAUAUACAGUGUGUUAAACAAUCAGCUUAAUUUUAAAGCAAAAGUUAUAUUAUUUAAUUCGAAUCUACUGCAAUUAAUGCUACAACCUGGUUACCUAAACAAGAAGGGAUUUGGUAAAGAAACAGGGAGCCACCCUGUCAGCUGUAAAUAAUUCAAAAAGACAACAGGAGAAAAUUAAAUGUACGCUUUAUCGCCAAUUUAAACACCAAUAUCAACCAAAAUAAACUGGCAUUGGAAAAAAAAUAUUGUCCAGCUUUAAUGUCCAAAAUUCAAUCCAGGAAACCCUUCAGUAAUCCAAAUAGUUCCAAGUAAAAAAGCUCAAAAACUCAAAAAGAGGUAAUCCCAGUAAACAAAAA